AUGACGCAGACUCUGAGUCCAUGGGCUUCAACAUGGUUCCGACCAUACGCUGCCACGGGAAUAUCGGCAACCGAGGGCAAGGAGAUCGUCAUGUGGAUCUCAUGGGAACUUGGUCAUGAGGAAACCUUUCGUAUUCAUGCGAAAAGCUUGUUGCUCAAAUCGAAGAUCAAUGACGAGGGAGAGCCACUUGACGGCAAUGGCAUCGCUCUCAGCACUUACACGUUCCUGGAGCCUCCAGGAAUCCUCGCAACGAUCGCCUCAACCAGAGCAACUGUCAUUCACGAGAUGACCAGAAUGCUUUAUGACGCCGUCGAGAACGCAUUGAAGGAUGGCAAGUGCAAAUGCCCAGAUAACGGUGGAUGUGAUUAUUAUGGCAGCUACGGCUCUCAUAAUAGACGUUCAAUGGCACCGGAUCAAUGCAUCAGGCUGGUUCUCGGCUCCCUCAUCCAGCAAGUUCACAAAAUUGGCCUGCAGGAUGUGGCCCUUUUGCAAAGCGCCACGCCUAAGUAUCUCGGAAGUAUCAACGACCUAUUGUCAGCGAUCAAAUCCAUUAAGUUCUCAUUGGACGAUCCGAAUCACAAUACUUGCAACCCCCUGCAAAACAUCAAGGAUAAAGUCACGAGUCUCGUGGCCAAUAUCGACUCCCCGGUGACUGAUAAGCAUUUGGAAUACUUGCGAGCCCAAGCGAAGAAAACUGGUGUUUAA